CAAGUGUUAUCCCUUGGGAGAAACGAUAACAGGAGCGUGCGGGUUUUUUGUUAGAAAGUCUAACGGUUCGACAGAUAAUGAGCCAUUGGAGAAACAUCUUUAAAACAUGAUCUGACUCAGGAGUAGCAUACAUGGGAACACGCAGACCACAACCGUGCGAUACUCAAUGGAAGCUUUGUUUGUAAGUUUUUGGAGGCGAAGAUGGAGAAUUUGCAGUACGCGGAGGAGUUAGUCAGAGAGUUUCUUGUAUUCAGAGGGUUUACAAACACUCUGCAGGCAUAUGAGAAAGAGCUAGGCAGCGAUAUUGGGAAAGGGUUCCAAGUUGAUAUGCUAUUAGACUUGAUAUUUUCAGUUUACAUUCCAAAUUUUCAAGCUGAGAACUUGGUGAAUCUGCUCCACUUUUUCAAACAAUGUUUCGGGUCAUACGAGGCUGAACUAAUGUCUACUUUAUCGAAAAUGGAAGUCUCUAUUAUGCGUUAUUAUAUCAUCCAUGCCUUACAAACUGGGAAGAAGGAGAAAGUGAUUGAAUUUUUUGAUAGCCAUGGUAGCGAGUUACUGCAAAAACACCAAGAUUGGGCAUUGUGGUUUGCCAUCCCAUAUCAUAAGAAUCCUCAGGCGGAUCCUGAAUUUCGUUUCUACUUUUCUAAGGAGUGGAUCGAUGCCUUACAACUAUCUGUCAGGAAUUUUCUUAGCAAGAUGCUUCACAUUAGUCAUAUCCUUGAGCAUUGAUUUUUAUUGUCUUCAUUGUGCUUUAUAUUUAGUACCUCUUAUUGUCAACAACAAUGCUAUCAGCUAUGCUAAUUUGAGCAUUAGUUCUUUAAAGAGAGUCUGCCCUUUCCCUGGUGACCCGUUGUCAGUUUACUCAUAUUCCAGAGCAGCUCCAUUGUAAUCUUGGAGUCUGGCCUCCAAUCAUGAGAUUAGUAGAUUACUGACAACUAGUUAUGAAAACCUGAAUGCUCUCAACUUUACUUUUUACCAGCUACCUCAGUUUUUGUCUUUGAAUUUGUCCUUAGUCAAGUUACGCAUCCCUGCAUUACUGAAGAUCAGUUCUGAACAUAACGCUGUGAAUCGUCUCAAGGGAGACAUUAAGCAACUUAAUCUCAAAGUUUCACAACUUCAGGCCUUGUUAGAGGAGAAAGAGGUUCAGCUACGUCAAGCAAGGAGCUCAUCAAACAUAAAAGAAGGUAGUCAUGAGCAAACUGUGUCUUCACCUAGAUUAUCUGAUGAUUGUAACCCUACAACUUCUGAUGUUGGGAAGAGAGAAUCCUCUCAUUACAUUGAUGAUCAAGGAGCUACCUGUUCUCAAAAGUCUUGUGUGAGCAAGAGUGAGAGGAGGGAUUUGUUAACAAAUGUUCAAGACUCUGGCAGUCAAAUGCAGAGAGAGGAAGAAUUCCCAGAAGUGAGAGUAGACUUUCAGGAGACAUUCCUUGGCCACACAAGUCCGAUCACACAGUGCCGCUUUUCUGCAUCUGGGGACAACAUUGCCAGCGCUUCUGUGGAUGGGACUGUUAGGAUAUGGACAUAUGAAUCAUCGGCGUCAACAUCAAGAAAUGCCACUAUCUAUUGUGGGGCAGAAAUCAUGGCACUUGAAUGGGAUUCCAAAUCUGAUCGUCUGCUCCUCAUAGGUACAGCUGAUGGAGGCAUAAAAGCAUGGAAUGCUGAUGCAAAGCGUGUUGUCUGUGAUCUUAAAGGCACUACAGAAUUCACAAGUGUGCUGGACCUAAAAUGUAGUCCCGUGGAGCCCAUUUUUGUGUCUGCGGCAGCAUCUACAAGGCCUGGUUCUGUGUAUUUCGGCAAAUUAGGGCAUGCUUCGUUAACAGUUUGGAACAUGAGGACAUGGAAAUCCAUGACAGUCCUUCCUCUCGGUGAAGAUCCACCUGCCAUUACUUCGUUAUGUUUUAAUCACAAUGGAAAGCUCUUAGCAGCAGCAGCCACAGAUGGAAUGAUUCAUAUGUUUGAUAUGUCUGCUGGUCUGCAAAUCACUGGGUGGCCAGCACAUGAUUCUGCAAUUAGUUCUGUUUUAUUUGGGUCUGAUGAGACAAGCAUCUUCACUCUGGGUGAAGAUGGAAAGAUGUUCGAGUGGAGUUUGCAGAACCAAGGUAGAGUACUCUGGUCGAGAAAUUGCAACAGGUUCUGCAACCUUCAAAGUGAUAUGAUGUAUAAGCAAGAAAUGGCCUUAGAUGGCAAUGGGAAUCAACUCCUGAUCUCAUCAAAUUCACUAAGAGCACCUAUUUAUCAGGUUGGACGCGGCAUGGGUGGUGGGAUGAGAACUCUACCUCACAGUGCAUCUAUAACAACUGUGGAUUGGCAUCCAACGCUGCCUGUUUUUUUGACUGGAUCGGCAGAUCAAUCUGUUCGGGUCACCUCAAUAUUGUGAUCGGUUCUUUUUUUUCCCUUCCCCCACACCUUAUUCUUGAGGAUACACUACAGAGAAUUUGCAUGAAGGGCAUGGGAGUGAAACACAGUUACUUUUGCUCUUUCAAUUUACUAUAUGUCCCUUGUUUCUCUCUGCUUUGUUUUAUUUGUUUCGUUUUUGCACUUAACCUAUAUAACCAUAUUGGGGUUAUAUAGGUUUUCUUAAACACUAAGGUUUUCUUAAACAUAGUGUUUCAUUCGUACAUAUAAAAAAAUUCAUGGAAUUUUG